GCACUUGCAGUCUCCAGCCAUGGAGACCUUCCCCUCUUCUCUUCCUGAAGCCUUCUUCUUGUCAACCUCACCCCACCAGGUUGCUGUGGAGGACCCCGCUGUUGGUGACAUCUCAUGGUGCCCCUUUGGUGUCUUCCAGUGCCGGAGGAGGACGAGUCCCGUAUCAUUGGGGGGAGGCCUUGCUCCAUCAACCAGAGACCCUUCCAAGUGGCCCUCAUCAAGAGAGGGCAGAUCCUAUGUGGAGGAAGCUUGGUAGAUGCCCAAUGGGUCCUCACAGCUGCCCACUGCAAGCAGCCACCCAGGGACCUCAAGGUGCUCAUAGGGACAGACACCUUGAGGGAGGGCACAGGACAAGUCAGAUCCAUCUCAAGGCUUCUGGUCCACCCGUCCUACAACCCACGAAGGAAUGACAACGACUUCAUGCUCCUGAGGCUCAACCGGCCCGUCCACUUCAGCAGCAGCAUCAAAAAGAUCAGGCUGGCCACCAGGUGCCCUAUGGAUGGGAUGAGGUGCAGUGUUUCCGGCUGGGGGACCACCAAGUCUCCAGGAGCGAAGCUUCCUCAGAACCUGCAGUGUGCGGCCAUCCAAGCCUUUGGGAGGGACAAGUGCACCAGGGCCUAUGGCAACGCUAUCACCCCCAACAUGUUCUGUGCUGGUGUCCCCCAGGGAGGGGUUGACUCCUGCCAGGGUGACUCUGGAGGCCCCUUGGUGUGCAAUGGGGUCCUCCAAGGGGUCGUCUCCUGGGGCAUGGCUGUCUGUGGGCGCCGAGGACAACCCGGGGUCUACGCCAACGUCUGCAGGGCCGUACCUUGGAUCAGGAGGGUCAUUGGGAGGUCCUGAGGCCUCCAUGGGGCACCUCAGUGGGGUCCCAGCAGCUCCCUUCUUACUGGGGAACUGGGAGCACUGGAGGCCUGAGAGCUCCGUGGGGCACCCCGAUGGGUCCCAUCAAGUCCUUGGUGGAAACUGGGGGGGCAAUAAAGGAGAAGAGUGGAAGUGGAGUCAUGGAGUUAAUGGGGCA